AGGGCAAACUAUUUUCAUUCACUUCUACACUAAUAAAAAAAAGUUAUGCUAAAUUGUUAUUCAUUUAUUCAUUAUUAUCAUUAUCUAAAAUAUUUCAGUACAUAUUUUGUUUAUUUAUUUGAAAUAAUUAGAAUUCUCAAAUCUUUAAGAAUUUACCGAAUUUACCAUGAAAAAUAACAUUUUGUCAGCCAUUUAGCUAAAAGAUCAAUUUACACCUACAGUGUAACAUCGGCUAAUGCAAAAAAAAAUCAGAGACGUUCCAAGCAAAAACAGCAGGCUGUGGUCUUUUUAGUGGAGAAAAAUGUCGGACGAGAGUUUUGCAAAUAGUUUUCCAACAAAUAAAGUUCUUAGCAAGCAGUUGAAAAGGAAAGCAAGUGACUUUCUAAAUUCACGCAAAAAUGCUAAUAAUUUGGUUGAUAUAAUUCAGUGCCUGGAAAAAUCCAUUGGCGACCAAAAUGCCUCCCCAAUCAUCCCAUGUGUUCUGGCGUUGGAGACAAUAUUCACGGAACUGCUGAAAAAUCACUCCAUGGUGAUUGCCGUGCAACCCCUGAAGCCAAAAGAGAAUUCUCCGGAAGUUCAGUACCGAGAAUGGCUACGUGAUCGCUAUGGGGAAGCGUAUCAGUUCAUUCUCAAGUGCAUGUGCCUGGAGAAGACGUCCGAAUCAAUUCAGGCUCUCGCCACGGCAAUGAAUCUCCUGGCGUACGAGGGUAGAUUCCCAAUUGAUUACGUGACGGAUUCCUCGUAUUACUUUCCCUGCUCCAAAUUGCGCAGUGUUCUGCAGCAUCUGCUGUCCGCUGAGAAGACCAAUGAGCACCUCAUUAGUCGUUUUCAGGAAUUUGCAGCGUACCACGAUGUUUUGCAGUAUUCGUGGAAGUUCCUUCCUGGCAUUACGCCUCGUGGUCAGAUUCCGAGUGAAAUCUACGUGGAUAAUUACUUAAACCUCAUCAAUUCAAUGCCAAUCAAGGGUGUGGAACAGGAGCAGAUUAAUCUACUCUGUGAUAAUUCAGACAAAGUUAAGAUGGUAUUUGACUACCAAGUUAUUCGGAAGAAUAUCAACAAAUCCUGGGCAUGUGUAAUGCACUGGCAGCACAGAGAGGCAACACAUCAGAAGGUCCUGAUGGUCCUCCUCGAAAGGGUUCUACCUCAUCUCGAUAAACCACUGGCCCUCACAGACUUCCUCAUGGAUUCCCUUGAUGCAGGUGGUGCCAUUAGUUUACUAGCUUUCCAGGGAGUGUUCACGUUAAUCCAGGAACACAAUCUCACGUACCCCUUUAUCUACGAGAAGCUCUACUCGAUGUUUGAACCCGAAAUUUUUCAUACGAAAUUCAAAGCGCGCCUCUUCUACCUGGCAGAUCUCUUUCUUAGCUCAACACAUCUGCCGGAAGCCCUUGUGGCGGCUUUUGUAAAACGCCUCGCACGUCUCACAUUAGUUGCACCGCCGCAGGACAUUGUUAUAUGCUUGUAUUUCAUUGGGAACCUCAUAAUUCGCCAUCCGGGACUAAAGAGACUCAUUUGCCAUCCAAAUGGGGGCCAGGUGACGCGAGAUCCCUUCAUAAUGGAUGAAUGUGAUCCAACAAAAUCCAAUGCCAUUGAGAGCUCACUCUGGGAAAUUGCAGCACUCCAGAAUCAUGGGAUUCCCUCAAUUGCCACAGCUGCGAAAUUCAUUUCGAAUCCCCUGCCGACAAUUGAGUGGGAUUUGACGCAAGUUGUGGGUGUUACGGAGGACGACCUCUUUGAUCAGGCCAUUAAGAAAAGUUCCAAGGCGGCUUUUCUUACCUUUGACAGACCAACUUCGAUGUUUGUACCAAAAGGCGAUAGGACGCAGGAAUUUUGGAAGUUAUUUUAAAACACAACUAAUUAGGAGAUUUUAUUGAAAUUUGUUACCCAAAUCUUAUAAUAUUUUACAAUUUUAAAUUGAAGAAUAAUAAUGUCAUUCAACAACCUAUCUGCGGUAAUUGUAAUUUGAUGAUACACAUAUAGGAAUUCAAUUAAAUUGAAUUUUUCUGAAUUUUCCAACAAAA